AUGAGUGAUGCUCCCUGGAACUUCAGUUUGAGAGAAAUUCAUGACUUUUGUCUCAAAGUAGAUAAAAACCCAAAGAGUGACUGUGACUUGGAUGAAAUUGGAAAGCGAUUCAGACAGUCUUCUAUCCUAAAUCACUGUAAGAAAAUGACCUCAGGGAAUGACUGUCCUCCAGACAUUGAAUAUAGGAAGUGCUUUAUAGAACAUGAAAAGUUUUUUCAGUCUGUGGAGAAGGCUGCUGAAAUGCAAAUGUGUCCCGGUAAUCAGUGGGAGAUGGCUGUGAGCUGGCGUUCAGACAUCAGUGAACAUCAGAAAAGUGAUACUGAGGAAAUGCUUUCUGUAAGUAACGAAGGUGGGAAGGCUGUGAGUCAGAACUCUGAGCACAGUAUACAACAGCAAAUUCGUGUUAGAAAGGAAUCUGUUGAAUACAAAAAGUGGGAAAUUCAGAGAAUCCACACUGGAGAGAAACUUAAUGAGUGUCAUCAAUGUGGAAAAACUUUCACACAGAGAUCCAGUUUUAUUGCACAUCAGAAAAUCCACCGUGGAGAGAAGGCUUAUGAAUGUAAUCAGUGUGGAAAGCCUUUCACACAAAGGGGCAAGCUUACUGCACAUCAGAAAAUCCACCAUGGAGAGAAACCCUAUGAAUGCAGUGAAUGUGGAAAGACUUUCACGUACAGCUCCAGUCUUGCUGCACAUCAGAAAAUCCACCUUGGAGAGAAGCCUUAUGAAUGUAAUCAGUGUGGAAAGGCUUUCACAGAAAGGUCCAAUCUUACUACACAUCAGAAAAUCCACCGUGGAGAGAAACCCUAUGAAUGCAGUGAAUGUGGAAAGACUUUCAUGUACACCUCCAUUCUUGCUGCACAUCAGAAAAUCCACCGUGGAGAGAAGCCUUAUGAAUGUCAUCAGUGUGGAAAGGCUUUCACACAAAGGUCCAAUCUUACUACACAUCAGAAAAUCCACCGUGGAGAGAAGCCUUAUGAAUGUAAUCAGUGUGGAAAGGCUUUCACACAAAGGUACAAUCUUAGUACACAUCAGAAAAUCCACCGUGGAGAGAAGCCUUAUGAAUGUCAUCAGUGUGGAAAGGCUUUCACACAAAGGGGCAAGCUUACUGCACAUCAGAAAAUCCACCAUGGAGAGAAUCCUUAUGAAUGUAAUCAGUGUGGAAAGGCUUUCACCGUAAGGUGCAAUCUUACUAAACAUCAGAAAAUCCACUCUGGAAAUAUCCACACUGGAGAGAAACUCUAUGAAUGCAAUGGAUGUGGAAAGGCUUUCACACAAAGGUCGGAUCUUACGGCACAUCAGAUAAUCCACCGUGGAGAGAAGCUUUAUGAAUGUAAUCAGUGUGGAAAGGCUUACACACAAAGGUCCAAUCUUACUAGACAUCAGAAAAUCCACCAUGGAGAGAAACCCAAUGAAUGUAGAAAGAUUUUCACACACAGCUAG